AACAACCCCCCCUGUGAUGAACCAAAGAUUGUAAUACAAAGUAAUAGAGACUAGCAAUAUGCAUAGCAUGAGAGGAGGUUCCAGGCUGCAGCUUCUGGAGGGACUAAUACGCGUCGUCGCGGCUCUUCAUCUAUUGAUUGCAGCGGCGGUUUCUGUAGGAGGUGAGUCGACAGAAUCCGAAUCUUUUUACGGUUUCCUUCGAGCUGUUGAUCCUCCAAAUGUGCUCAAAAUUGACUGGAAUGGGCUGCUGCCACAUCCAUGCUCACAUAUGUUUAAGGGCACUGUAAAGUGCAAUGUGCAGGCUGGUGCCGUAACAGAAAUAAGACUUGAAAGAUUGAGCCUGAGUGGGAGAAUUGAUGGAGAGUCUCUUUGUAAUCUUCAAAAACUUCAAGUUCUGAGCUUAGCAACCAAUUUUGUUCAUGGAAGUAUUCCUGAUUCGAUCUCAAACUGCGCGGCGCUGACAUAUCUAAACCUUAGGAGCAAUCUUUUGAGUGGGAGAGUUCCUUUUGCUCUAAGCAAGAUGAAAAACCUGAGGAGCUUGGACAUCUCUAACAAUUACUUUUCUGGGGUGAGUCCUUAUUUUCGGAAAGAUGUCGAGAAUUUAUAUGCACACGCCUCGGAAGCAAGUAUUCCGCAGCCCGCAGUAUCAAUUACUAACCAUCCUGUUGAUCAAAGAGAUGAGCCUUGGUAUAGGAGCUGGACACAAAUCUUACCACUAGUAAUUGGAAUUUCUUUCUGCAUAUUGUUCACAUACUUUGUGGGGAAGAAAUCUGCUAAAUUAACUAGAGAAAGGGAAAUUCUUAAGGCCCUUCAGGCUUCUCCUCCCCGGACACCUCCUGUGAUGUUCACAGAGGAAGUGAAGCUAGAGGAAAGGUGUUCAGAGCUCGUGUUCUUCGUUGAGGAACAUGAAAGGUUCAAAUUGGAGGAUCUGCUUGAAGCCACAGCUGACUUGAGAAGCCAGACCAUUACAAGCAGCCUUUACAAGGUAAUACUCAAGAACAGUGUGAUUUAUGCUGUCAAAAGAUUUAAGAACUUGCAGGUUUCCUUUGAGGAGUUCGGUCGAACAAUGAGGCAAAUAGGAAACUUAAAGCAUCCAAACAUUCUGCCUCUUGUUGGUUUCAAUUCCACCAAUGAAGAAAAACUUCUAAUCUACAAGUACCAAAGCAAUGGCAGCCUACUAAAUCUCAUGGAGAAUUACAUUGAGGGUAAGAAGGAUUUUCCAUGGAGGUUGAGGCUGUCAAUAGCGAGUGGCAUUGCAAAGGGCUUGGACUACAUGUAUCAAAGGUCUCAUUACCAGGAAACCAUCCCUCAUGGGAACCUGAAGCUCUCAAAUAUUUUGUUAGAUGAAAAUGAGGAUCCACUGAUAAGUGAAUAUGGCCUUUCAAAAUUUAUAGACUUGAAGAGGAAUUAUUUGUUUCCAUCAAAUGGCUACAUGGCCCCUGAGAAAACUCAAUGCGAACAAGGUGAUGUGUUCAGCUUUGGCAUAAUUCUUCUGGAGUUACUUACAGGAAAAACUGUGGAAAAAAGUGGAACAGACCUCCCCAAAUGGGUCAGGGCCAUGGUUAGGGAGGAAUGGACUGGUGAAGUCUUCGACAAGGAGGUGAGCAAAUCGGGGAAGCAGUAUGCAUUUCCUCUGCUGAAUGUUGCCCUGAAAUGUGUAUCGCAUUCUCCCGAUAAUCGGCCGACAAUUGCAGAGGUUCUGGAGAGGAUUUCAGUGGUUGUGAAUGCGAAUGAAGACCGUCAUGAACAUGAACAUGAGCAUGAACUUUCAAAUUCAUCUUAUUCUUCAUUGGAUUCUACCCAUCAGGAUUUGCUUCACACUGUGAUUCCUGAAACCGACACUCCAGGAUCAAAUUAUUAGAGUUAUGGUAACUUUUUUCUGCAUGAAGCAGGAACCAAUUUGCUUGCUAGAACAAUAAUAAAACACAUCUCUUUUAGGCCAACACUUGCAGUGUCAGUGUGGCCUCAAGCCAAUGUACAGAUGAAGCAGAGUGUACUAUGGAUACAAUAAAAAUCUUAUAUCCAUCAUCUUU